AUGGUCACCCAGGACGGACCGGAGCAUUGCAGCGGCGAGGGGUUUGCCUCCUUGUGCUGUCGGGGGUCCCUCAUCCCACAGGCCCUCACCUCCUGUGCUGCCCCUGGGCAGCCUGGCCUCGGAGGGUCAACACCUGAGGGCCCGAGGGGCAUCCAUGCCCCCUCCUCCUUCCCUCCAGCCAAAGGUGGGGGGGCAAAGCGCAGGGAAGAAAACACCAGGAGAAAACCAGAGAGCUCUCGGUUCUCUUUUAAGAGCCCUGAUGGCCGCAGCCCAGAGCCCGAGGGGAGGGAAAAUGUCGGGAAAGAUUCCCUUCCGAACUUUGCGAGUCUUUGUUUGGGAGGCUGGGGGCUGACUUCGCCGGGCCGGGCCGGGCCGCGGGCUCGGCCGUGCGCUCCGGUGCAGCGGCCGAGGAGCCCUGGCGCCCGCCACCCCGGGACACGCCCUCGCAGUCGAGCCCGGACCCCGACCCGGACCCCAGCGCCGCCGGGCGAGGGCGGGAGGGGUAGCGCUUACCAGAUCGUCCCGAGCGCGCCGCGGUCCAGGCGGGCACAGCGCAGGGUCAAGUUCACGUCCGGCCCGCGGGCUGCCCGAGGUCCCCGGGCGCGGCUGGGGCGGCGGGAGGCGCGGGAGGCCGAGGUCCGGGUGGCCGCCGCGGCCGCCCCCGAAUUGCUGCUGUCACCCCGGCCGCGCCCCCCAACUUUCUGCACAGUCGCGGAGCUGGAAGUUUCCGGGCUUCGCGGACACGCUGGGCUGGGUUUCAGCCGUGGCUCCGAGGUAAACAAGCAAGUUCCACGCCCCAGUCCUGCUGGGGCCUUCGCCAGCCACCGCUCUGGGCUCCUCUCCCGGCGCCUCCUCGGGGCACCUGAGUGUUUUAAGCCCACUGCCAAGUGUUCUGGACACAGGUUUUUUUGCGGGGUGGUGAGGUUGGGCACAAGAUGCUUCCUAAAAGGUUGUUGGCACGCAGACCAUGGCCCCAGUGACGGAGCGGCAGGCAGGGGCUUGGAGGAACACGCUGUCUUUGUCUCGUCCCCAAAGCACCCGGCCGUGGGUCACCCGUGAUCCCUGGAGUGGAGGGACUGUUGUGACCCCCUGGUGCUCCAGGAGAAGGGGUUCCAUGCUGGGUCCCGGGCCCAGGCCCACGGUGCCCUCAGCCCGCAGUUCUCCACCUUGCGGAAUGAUUUGCUGGCCCGGCCCAGCUCCCCGGCACCACCAUUUUCUGCCCUCUUUUCCCUGCCUGGCUUCAAACCCUCCCAGGCCAGGGUCCUGAGGAGACACCUGGGCUGGGGGAGGCAACUGAGUGGCCCCAGGCCUGGGAAUCUGCAAAAGUGUCCAAGCCACAUCUCUCGAGACUGCAAGGGCCCUGGAGGCGCUGGGAGGCACAGAUCUGGCUGCCAGCUGGGCCUGAGGCCUCCCUUUGUCCGUCCUUCCUGUCCUUCCUCACCAGGCGUGUUUAUGGAGAAGACACUCCGGGCCAGGCCAGCUCCUCCAGAGCACUAUUUCAGGCUGGGGAGAAUGCGGAUUUUUUUUUUCUUGUUUUUUAAAGAAAAAUGAACAAGGAGCCUGGUUGGGGAUUGGGGUGGGAGGAAUAUUUGUCUUUUGUCCCACAAACGUGUGUGAUGCUCCAAAGGGCUGGAGAACCUCUCUCUUAAGUGGAUAGUUUUCCCCUCAAACGACUUCUCAGACAUGAUCCUCUCUGAGGUUGGUCCUGGGCUUCCAUAUGUGAUUCAUGGAAGAGGUCUCAGCCCCAAGAGCCCCUGAGGGUACCGUCCACUCCCCCUGGAAACUUCCAGAACCUGACGUGGGGCUGAAGACAUAGAGGUAAUGGGGUUGGGCUGGUGGGGCGCUGGCUGGGACAAUGUGUGGAGCCCUUGUUUUCAGAGCUACAGAUGCUUGUCAGCUGACAGUUCGUUUCCAGCAUCCACGGUGGACCUCCUUUGGGGGAACAUUUACCGGCCAAUGAACCCCAAGAUCCUUUCUCAGAGGCGGCGGGAUGAAGUUUUCCUUUUUUUUUUUUUUUUUAGUUAAUAUAUUUUAUUUAAACCAAUAUAUCCAAAAUAUUAUCAGUUCAACAUAUGAUCAAGAUAAAGAUUAACGAGAUACUUUACAUUUUCAUACUAAAUCUUUUUUUAAAUUUUUGUGAGUACAUAGGUAUAAACAUUUAGGGAUGAAGUUUCUUACUGUGUUUUCCCAGUAACAAGCACUGGCAUCAGCUGUCAUGAUUUCUCCCCAAGGCCUAGGAUGGUCAGCCUCGCACGCUCCACAGCAGAGUGACUGAAGCUCUAUCGAGGUGUGGCACGAGCGUGUUGUCAUUUCAAGAGAAUCUGCAGCCUCCCUGGUUUUUAAUGAAAGCUCCUAUGCAGGGCCUGGCCCUUUCCUGGGGAGGGAAGCCUGGCUGUGUCUCCCGCUGCAUCCUCACUGGGAACUUCAUUCCUGAGCUGCGACCGCUAUUUUUUGGAUUGGAAAAUGCCUUGGGAACGGCUCAUCUUCCUGUGGCUUGAGCCCAUUUGUUUUCUGACUGGUGGUCACUGGUGAUUAGAGUGUGUCCCAAAGGGAGCUGUCACCUUAGUUCUAUCAUACGCUAUCAAUAACUUGUCCAGGGCUGACUUUGUGGCUGUGUGGCCUGCCCAGUGGUAGAGGGCCGGUGUGCAGAAGGGCCCCACACUCAAUGUUUGGCUGUCCCCGAUCUUAAAAUUCUUAGUCAUUCUUGAAAAAGUGAACCCAUAUUUUCAUUUUGUUCCAGGCUCUGAGAGUUACAUAAUUGAUUCUGACUUUGGCUGUUGGUCAACAGUGUCAUAAGGUAAAAUAAGGCUGUUGUAGAAUCUGCUCAGCCAGGGAGGGGAAAGGAGUCGGCAAUCAGGUCUCCUCCUGGGCACCUUUGUGAGGCCAGCUGGCGAGAGUGGGGGGUGACACUGAGGUCCCAGCAGCUCCAAAUGCAGGCAGAGCCCUGUCCUCAGAGAAGGUCACAGCCUAGCCAAGCCCAGCCAGGUGGAUGGGCCCACGGAACGCACAGGAACCUGGAACGGAGGUUGAAAGCAGGAAGCACAGUCUGUGACUCCCCAGCCCACUCUGCAUUCGACCACUUGGGGCCCAGAAGCUUCAGGAAAGGUGCACAAGGUCACUGGGUCCCAGUACGCCAAACAGGAAGGUCUGGUCCAGGGACAGGGCUCUUCCCGACUCCCCUUAGCCACGCGCACCAGAAGUUCUGCAGUGCCCAGUGGGCAUAGCAGUCCCCAAGAAUGACCCAGCACUGAAGCUGAGCCAAAGAACUUGGGGAGCGAGCCACACCCCCUCACUCCCUCUUCAUCUGCUCCAGACUUGCCAGGAAGUUGCUUUUCGUGGGAACCGGGAUGUCCUCACCACCCUGUCCAGGGCUCAGCUCCAUGUCCCUGGCCUGCUACAGCUGGAAAAAAAAAAAAAAAGAGAUAUGUUUGUUUUUAUUUGUUUAUAAAAAGAAAAGUGUUAUAUAUAUAACAUAUUAUACCUCAUGAAUACAUACAAUUAUUUGUCAAUUAACAAUAAAGAAAAAUAUAGCAAGCAAAAAAGACUCCUCUUCCACAAAAAUAGUGUUCAUUACAGAAAAGUACAAAAAAAAAAACAAAACUAAGAGGAUAUUUAGAAUUAAGAAAAAACUAAGAGGAUAUUUAGAAUUAAGAAAAAACUAAGAGAGUAUUUACAAUUAAAAAAUAAAAAGAAAACAGUUACCCAUGAGGUAAUUACUGAGUGCAUUUGGUUGAAAGUCCUUCUGCUAUAUUUUCCAAACUGUAUGUGUAUAUAUGUGCGCAUGCAUAUGUGUGUGUGUACACAUAUCUAUAUGAAUGGACUAUAUCGUAAGUUAUAAAUGCAUACAUAUAUUCAUGUAUAUAUAAUCAUUAGAUCAUACUAUAGGUUAUUUUACAGUCUUUUUGUUGAAUACGUUGUGAGCAUUUUAUGUCAUUAUUAUUUUCUACAAGAUUUGAAAAAUAAAGUAUAAAUACCAGUUAA